AAAAACAGAUCCUCAAACAAACUUUUUUUUUUUUCUGAACUGAAAGAAUUCACUUUUGUGCAAAAUUGAAAAAAGAAAUACACGGAGGGAGAGCAAUUUCCUCGUGCCGCCGAAGCAAGUCGUUGCACCGCCGCUUGCCGGCGAGAUCAUAAUUCACACCUUCCAUCUCCACCUCUCUCUACGCUGUUCCAAAAAUCUGUAACAACCUUCAAAUGCUGAAUCCAAGAAAAUUCUUUCCGAUCCUAACGACGACCACAAAGAUUUCGGCGUGAAAAGCUACGCCGAUUUGAAGAAUCGACUUACCGUUCAAGCAACGCCGGCGACCGGCCGCAACGGUGGACGAUGUGCGUCAUUCUGACCGAGAGUGACGAAGAUCGCUAGCUCAAGCUUUGAUGGUGAAAGGAAUUGAUAUAAAGAGACGAUAAGGAUAGAGGUGUAUUGGAAUUUGGAGGUUAGCAAUUGGCAAAAUUUUCUUCCCCUCCGUCGUAGUGGGACGCUGACGGGACGCACGGGACUCCCCAAGUCACGUGCCUUCCCCGUGCUUCUGCUGCACAGUUCUCUAGGGUUUAUUCCUGAUUCGGGUAAUUGAGACUCCAGACUGAAACUGUCAAGUGAAGAUAUUGACUUGUUUUAACAUAUCAAUGACCUACACACCUCCAACAUGGGCGACAUUAGCAGCUGCCGCACUUGUUAUUCUGACUCUUGUCCUUUCACUGUAUCUAUUGUUCGAGCACCUCUCUGCAUAUAAGAAUCCAGAGGAGCAAAAGUUUUUGAUUGGUGUUAUCCUGAUGGUCCCGACUUAUGGUGUUGAAUCAUUUGUAUCAUUGGUGUACCCAUCAAUAAGUGUUUAUCUUGAGAUACUACGCGAUUGCUAUGAAUCCUUCGCAAUGUACUGCUUUGGACGAUACCUGGUUGCUUGCUUGGGUGGAGAAGAAGGAACUAUUGCAUUUUUAGAGAGAGAAGGACGUUCAAAUACUAAGACACCUUUAUUAGAACAUAGCUCAGAAAAGGGAACCAUCAAACAUGUUUUCCCUAUGAACCUUUUCUUAAAGCCGUGGAAAAUUGGUGGAUGGGUUUACCAUGUCAUCAAAAUUGGAAUCGUCCAAUAUAUGAUGAUAAAGUCCCUCACUUCUAUUUUAGCUGUAGUUCUUGAGAACUUUGGUGUUUAUUGUGAAGGAGACUUUAAUUUCAAAUGCGGGUAUCCUUAUAUGGCAGUGGUUUUAAAUUUCAGUCAAACAUGGGCACUGUACUGCCUGAUUCAGUUCUAUACAGUUACAAAGGAUGAAUUGGUACAUAUAAAGCCAUUGGCCAAAUUUUUGAUGUUUAAAUCUAUAGUAUUUUUGACUUGGUGGCAAGGUGUUGGAAUUGCUCUCCUAUCUGCCUUCGAUUUGUUCAGGAGUCCUGUAGCCCAAGGGUUACAGUUUAAGUCAAGUGUCCAAGAUUUCAUCAUUUGUAUAGAGAUGGCCAUUGCUUCAGUGAUUCACUUGUAUGUAUUUACUGCAAAACCCUAUGAACUUAUGGGGGACCGUUAUCCUGGAAGUGUUUCUGUUCUUGGCGAUUAUGCAUCCGUUGACUGUCCUUUAGAUCCAGAUGAGGUUCGGGAUAGCGAGCGUCCUACAAAGUUACGCCUACCCCAACCUGACCUUGAAGACCAAGACCCCAAAAUGGGAAUGACAAUCAAAGAGAGUGUUCGAGAUGUUUUUGUUGGUGGUGGGGGCUAUAUUGUGAGCGACCUGAAAUUCACAGUAAACCAAGCAGUUGAACCUAUGGAAAAAGGAAUAACAAAGUUCAACGAAAAACUACAGAAGCUCUCCCAAAACAUUAAGAAACGUGACAAGGAUAAAAGAAGAACCAAGGAUGACAGUUGUAUCACGUCGCCCACACGAAAACUCAUUCGAGGAAUCGAUGACCCCCUUUUGAAUGGGAGCUAUAGUGAUAGUGGGGUCAUAAGAGAAAAGAAGAACCGGCGUAAAUCAGGUUAUAUAAGUGCAGAAAGUGGCGGAGAAAGCAGCAGUGAUCACGGUUAUGGCAAGUACCAAGUUGGGGGCCGCCGGUGGAUCACCAAAGACUAGUAAAGAAUAGGUAACUGCUGUUUAUAAUCAAAUCAAGUGAAAAAACGAGGGAUGGGGUUGUGGUUCACUUAUCAAGUGGAGUCCUAAUAGAUGAGAGAUGUGUGUUGAGUUGUUGCAUAUGCCUGAAUUUGUGAAGCCUCUUCAAAUGAAUGUUGUGUGGCGUAGCAAUCAAGGGAAGAAUCCAAUAGAAAACUCCUGCUAUGAUGAUGUGUGCAACCAGAUGCUAAGGUAAAGCUUUUUUUGGUGCACAAAGGAUUUAAAUGGACUCUAUGAUGAGGUUAGUGUAUCAUGAUUACAAACUAUGUAUGGCCUUGCUAUUCUUGUAAAUAGAUGGAUAUGAAAUAUCAGAAUUGGGAUAUUUUGCAUAAUUUAUUUGUGGGGGGUGGACAUAAAUAUAUAAAUAUAUAUAUACAUAUUUAUAUAUAUAUAGAUAUUAGUAGAGAGAUUUGUUAUAA